AUGGCGCUGUCAAUUACACCACAGGCCUGUUGUUGGGCCUGUGGAACAACCAGUGAGUCGUCUAAGCUGACAGCCAAUACUCAUUAUAGAGACAGAAAGAAAACUACGCUAGGUUUGGUGAAAUUGGAUGCAGAGAGAAAGCUAGUUUUUGGAGGAUUUGGGCAGAGUUUCGCACAGAGUUCACUACGGGGUUGUCACUCGAGAGUGCAAGCUGCAUCUGGAGUUUCUAUUGAACCAAUGGAGCAAAAUUUUCCCACUGGUACUGAAGAAACAAACAAGGUAUCUACUUAUCUAUUUAGGACAGAAAAUGGGGAUCUGAUAAAUGUAUUUGUUAGAGAUAAUACUGUCAACUACAGUGUGUAUGUUGAACUUUCAUCAUUACAAUUGUCUAGUGCUGGUGACAGGCUAGUCAUCAGUUGGGGCAUGUAUAGAGCUGAUUCAUCCAGUCUCAAGCCUUUAGACUUUAUUGAAACCCCAUUUACAAAGACUUCUUCUGGCAGUUUUACUCUUGAAUUGGAGUUUGAGGCUAAACAAACCCCAUUCUAUCUCUCAUUUACUGUGAAAUCUCUGGCAGAUGCUAAUUUAAGUGGCCUGGAAAUAAGAAGCCAUAGGAAGACAAAUUUCUGUGUCCCAGUUGGUUUUGGUCGAGGUUGUCCUACUCCAUUGGGUCUUUCCUAUUCCAGUGAUGGUUCAAUAAACUUUGCCAUUUUUUCUAGAAAUGCAGAAAGUGUGGUUUUAUGCUUGUAUGAUGACCCCACAGCUCAGGAACCUGCUCUGGAGCUUGAUCUAGAUCCAUAUGUCAAUCGAUCAGGUGACAUAUGGCAUGCCUCAUUUGAAAGUGCAUGGACUUUUUUGAGCUAUGGCUACAGAUUUAAGGGGACCUCACUGAGAAACACAAAUAGCUUGGAUGAAGGGAAUGUUCUUCUGGAUCCAUAUGCUAAGGUCAUUGAUGAAUCUAUCGCUAAUAAUAGAGGAACAGGGUUGAAGUUACUAGGAAGACUAUGCGAGGAACCUGUCUUUGACUGGGAUGGUGAUGUUCGACCUCUCCUGCCAAUAGAGAAACUAGUGGUUUAUCGGUUGAACCUUAAACGUUUUACUGAGCACAAGUCUAGUAAGCUACCUACUAAUGUAGCAGGUACAUUUUCUGGUUUGACACAAAAGUUGGAUCAUUUCCAAGAUCUAGGUGUAAAUGCAAUUUUGUUAGAGCCAAUUUUCCCAUUUGAUGAGGAAAAAGGUCCUUAUUUCCCUUGCCAUUUCUUUUCACCGAUGAAUUGUUUUGGACCAUCUGGAGGUCCUAUAGCAUCUAUCAACUCAAUGAAAGAGAUGGUGAAAGAGUUUCAUGCCAAUGGAAUAGAGGUCAUACUGGAAGUUAUUUUCACCCAUACUGCUGAGGGUGAAGUGCUGCAAGGAAUCGAUAUCUCAUCUUAUUAUCAUGCAAGUACGACUGGUGAUUUGGAAGCAGGAAACUCUUUGAAUUGUAACCAUCCAGUUGUGCAGCAAAUGGUAUUAGAUAGUCUUCGAUACUGGGUGACUGAGUUUCACAUUGAUGGUUUUUGUUUCAUAAAUGCAUCAUCUCUGUUACAUGGGGUUAAAGGUGAGUACCAAUCUCGCCCGCCUUUAGUUGAAGCAAUUACUUUUGAUCCACUACUGGCAAAAACCAAGUUCAUUGCAGACUGCUGGGACCCUCAUGAAAUGGUACCAAAGGAAACUCGUUUUCCUCAUUGGAAGAGAUGGGCAGAAGUGAAUACAAGAUUCUGCAAUGAUGUGAGAAACUUUUUGAGGGGUGAGGGUCUUCUUAGUGACCUUGCUACACGGCUUUGUGGGAACGGCGACAUCUUUUCAGAUGGACGAGGCCCGGCAUUCUCUUUCAAUUUUAUUACCAGAAAUUCUGGUCUUCCUCUUGUGGACCUUGUUAGUUUCAGUGGCAGUGAGUUAGCUUCAGAACUGAGUUGGAAUUGUGGGGAAGAAGGGCCUACAAGUAAAACUGCUGUACUAGAAAGACGCCUUAAACAAAUCCGUAAUUUUCUGUUUAUCUUGUAUCUUUCAUUGGGUGUUCCUGUCCUUAACAUGGGAGACGAGUGUGGACAAUCUUCAGGUGGUUCCCCUGCAUACAGUGACAGAAAAUCUUUUGACUGGAAGGCACUGGAAACAGGUUUCGCUACUCAAAUCACACAAUUCAUUGCAUAUUUAAGUUCACUCAGGAGGAGGCGGAGUGAUCUUCUUCAGAAGAAGCACUUCUUCAAAGAAGAAAAUAUUGACUGGUAUGGAAGUGAUCAAUCUUUACCUAGGUGGGAAGAUCCUCUAUGCAAAUUCCUUGCUGUGAGGUUGAAGGCAGACCAAGAUGAAGUGGAGAACCAAUCAAAUAGCGUAUAUGCUGGUUUAAGGGGUGACUUGUUUUUAGCCUUCAGUGCAGCUGAUCAGUCAGAGACUGUUAUUCUACCUCCACCCCAAGAAGGUAUGGCAUGGAGCCGUUUGGUUGACACAGCUCUCCCAUUUCCUGGAUUUUUCUCAACUGACGGUGAGCCUGUCAUUGAGCAAAUGAAGGAUUUAUGUGCUUAUGAAAUGAAGUCUCACAGUUGUGCUCUGUUUGAAGCCAGAAGCUUGUAGUGACAUCUACCUU